AUGCCUCCGUCGCUUGCUCGACAGCUCUCCUCAAGGAGUCAUGCCUACUCCACACAACCAACCAAUCCACAAGCUCGCAACCGGCCCAACUAUAGAAUCGCUAUCAUUUGCGGACUCACAGCUGUAGCAGCAACAUGGGCAGUCACAUAUCGAAAACCCGAACGCCUCGAUGCGCCACCUAACAACCGGAGAGAUGCUUUAACCAGUGGGGCUCGAGUAGAGGUUACUGGCCAGGAUCACGGACCGGAUACCGAUCAGGUACCCACUGGCACAUCUACAGUUCCAUAUUUCCCACGCAGUAUAUGGCUACCGAGGUCUGGAGGUGCGAGUGAGGAAGGUAAAUCCCCUGCAUUACCGGCCGGCAUUGGGGCGGCGCAGGAGGAAGAAGAAUAUCAACUGCUUGGAUUGGGCAUACGGAAGGUUUCAUUUCUAAGAAUUCAGGUCUACGUAAUGGGACUUUACGUUGCUAAAGGUGACAUGGGAAGAUUGCAGAAGGAGUUGCUAAGAGCGUCUGUUGGGAGCGGUGCAAGCACGUUGGUGCAAGGGGAGAAAGAAGACCUGAAGAAGACAUUGCUCGACGGAGAGGGUAGCACGGAAGUCUGGUCGCAAGUACUGAAGGAGGGAGGAGUCAGAAGUGCGGUGCGGAUUGUCCCGACCAGGGAUACCAGCUUCUCACAUAUGAGAGACGGAUGGGUACGCGGAAUCGACCUACGAGGUAAAGGGAAAGAAUUCGAGGGUGAAGACUUCACAGUGGCAGUCGACCAAUUCAAGGGCAUGCUAGGAGGGAGAGGGUCGGUGGGUAAAGGCAAGGUUCUGCUUCUGGGUAGAGGGGCCAAUGGGGCUUUGCGGGCUUGGGUGGAGGAGGAUGCGGGGAGGGCAGACUCAAAGACUUUGACGCGGAAGGGAGGGCGAAUGACAUUGCUGGGAACAGUGAAGGACGAGAGAAUAAGCAGGCUGGUGUGGAUGGGAUAUCUGGCAGGACAGAAUAUCGCCAGUGAAGACGCUAGGCGAAGCGUAGUCGACGGAUUGAUUGAGAUCGUCGAGAGGCCGUUGGGCACUGUAGAAACACAAGUGGUGUAA